AUGGCGCCACUCAUCGUCAACAACAUCGAAGUCAUCCAAACCCCUACCAACCCACCGGCAUGGCCAGUUCCCAAGGAGCCUUCCCGCGUGGAGCUCUCAGCCGGAAGUCAAAAGACCCAAGAGCAUCGUCCGCUCCCGUGCGACGUCAUCCUUGAACGGGACCAGCCGUUGACGCUGCGCGAUGGGAUCCGCAUCCGCGUUGACAUCUUUCGGCCGAAGACGGACGAGAAGGUCCCCGCCAUUCUGAUGUGGUCGCCCUACGGAAAGACCGACACGGGCACUUUGAAUCUUCACGCAGUUCCUCUGCGGUGUGGCGUUCCCUUGAGCAAACUGUCGGGUUACGAGUCGUUUGAAGGACUCGACCCCGCUGAAUGGGUACCGAAAGGCUAUGCCAUCAUCAACGCGGACGCCAGAGGAUGUGGUGACUCUGAAGGCGACAUGAGGUCGUGGGGUACCCCAGAGGGCCAGGACGGCCACGACGCCAUUGAAAGCAUCGCGAAGCUGCCCUGGUGCACAGGCAAGGUCGCCAUGGCGGGCAACUCGUGGCUUGCGCUGUGUCAGUGGUACAUUGCCGCAGAGAGGCCGCCUCACCUGGCGUGUAUUGCCCCUCUGGAGGGUGCGAGCGAUCACAUGCGCGAGAGUCUAUGCCGCGGCGGGAUUCCGUCGAUUGGCUUCGGGUCAAUGAUUAACAAUGUCGUUCGCGGUCGUGGUCGACAAGAGAACAGCGUCGAGAUGCUGCUCAAGCACGGGCAGGGUCUCAGAGCGUACUGGGAUGACAAGAGGGCCCGCAUGGAUAGGAUCGAGGUCCCGGCCUACAUCUUGGGCAGCUAUUCGACAAUGCUUCACACCAUUGGAAGCUUCAGAGGCUUCGAGGAGAUCUCUCAUCAAAACAAAUGCCAAGAACGCACCGACGACUUGCAAAAGUUCUUUGACCGCUACAUGAAAGGCAUCGACAACGGAUGGGAAAAGACUUCGCCGGUAAGGUUGGCCGUGUUAGGUUACAAUAAGCCGCCCGCCAUCGACCUCCCCUUUAACUCCCUUCCUUGGCUAUCACCCAGCGCCACGAACACGAAACUCCAGCGUCUUUACUUGGGUGCCGACAAAACUCUGCAGCAAUCCAACGAUAACGGUGCUACAACUCUGGGCUACGAGGGCACGGAAACCGUGGUCUUCACGCACACGUUUUCCAAGUCCAUGAAGCUGUUAGGCCCAACCAAGCUCGUGGUCCACGUCUCUUGCCCCUCCGCCACAAACUUUGACGUCUACGCCCAGCUCCGAAAGCGAGAUGCCAGCGGAACAGACCUAGAGCAUGUGAAUAUUCCCUUCGAGUCACUGCCCGUGUCCGACCCCAAGGAGGUCCCCAACAUUAACCCGCUCAAGUAUCUGGGACCGAGCGGCAGGCUCCGCGCCUCCAAGCGCAAGGUCGCGCCGGAGCUGUCACCCAACUACUGGCAGACACUGGCCCACGAUGAAGACAUUGAGGUCAAGGCGGGGGAGAUAGUCCAGAUGGAGGUCUGGAUAUGGCCCACUGCCAUCCAGUUUGAUGCCGGGGAGCAGUUGGCGCUUAAGAUUACUGGCUCUGAUAGCCUGGUAUUGCCAGAGUUCGAGUUCCUGGCCGAGCAGCCGGCGGAUGCUGCUGCUCAGGUUGUGCAUUUUGGUGCAGAGUAUGAGAACUACUUGGAGGGGCAUUGGCAUGAUUGA